AUGCGCGCAAAAGCUUCCCAAGCAGGCUCAAGUGUCUACGUUCCUCCUCAGCAUCGUGAGGGCGCCAUCAUAUCUGAUUCAUUCAUCGAGUCCAAAAAAGAUAAACGAACAAUUAAACAUUCUGCCUUCGUUAAUCGUAUUGAAAAAGCCAAUUCCAAACCCCUCAAGCGCAGACGCCCAAACAAGAAAUUGGUUACCACAUUAGAGAGUCUCGCAGAUGCAUUGCCUGAUUUUGAAGGCGAGGGUCUGGAGAAGAUCAGUAGGGGAGAGAGUGGAAAGAUAAAGCAAAAGAGUUUGAAAAGUCGACCUGGAGCAACGAAGAAGAGAGAGAAGUUGGAGGCCAUGGAGAGGGAGAGAUUUGGAAAGAAUAUGGCACAAUUGGUUGGAGUUGCGGAGGAGAAGCCUAAGGAUGGCAGUGCCGUGGAUGGUCAAGCAGUGCCAGCUGUCUCAGGAACUGCGAGUAGAUGGGCUGCGUUGAGAGGGUUUAUUUCGCAAACCAUGGAGCAGAAAGAGGAGUUCAAAAAGGCUUAA